AUGAAGUCCCUCUACCCCUUCGUCUGCCGUGCGGCUACGACCUACCAGCUGCACGGCCGCACAAUCCCCGAGCCGUACGACUACCUCGAGGACCCAGGCAAUGCCGAGACGAAGGAGUUCGUGCAGAAGCAAAACGAGACAUUUGAGGCAUAUAUGGAGUCUUCCAUCGAGGUCCGAGACAAGAUAGUGGAACGGGUGACGGAGAUGCUCAACUACGCGCGUACAAGUAACCCGAGUCUGCACGCUGGCAAGUACUACUACCAAUUCAACACCGGCCUGCAAAACCAGAGCGUCCUCAUGAGGACUACGUCUCUCAAGGACGACAAUCCGACUGUCUUUCUGGACCCAAACAUGCUCAGUGCCGACGGCACCACUGCUCUCAAGACUUACGCUUGGAGCGAGAACGAGGAGUUGUUUGCCUACAGCCUGAGCGAAAAGGGAAGCGACUGGCAGUACAUCCAGGUGCUCAACGCGGAGACGGGGGAACAACUUCCCGACAGGCUGAACUGGGCGAAGUUCUCGGGCAUCUCGUGGUGGAGAAAUGAUGGCUUUUUCUACCAGCGCUAUCCCGAGCUCAGCGAGGACGUCGACAAGGGCGCCGAGACGGACUCGGCGCAGAAUCAGUACGUGUGCUUCCACAAGGUCGGGACUGCGCAGUCGGAGGAUCUGGUCAUUCUGCAGGUGCCCGAGCAGCCCCAGUGGAUCUUGGCGGCCGAGGUGACGGUCGACCACCAGUACCUCGUCGUCCGCGUCAUGAAAGGGAGUGAUCCGAACAACCUUAUUUGGAUUGCGAAGCUGCCGACCACCUGCGAGGAGCUGAACAGGCCGCUGGAGUUCAUGAAGGUGGUGAACACGUUCGUCGGUCAGUACAAUUACCUCGGCAACGAGGGCGAGACGUUUUACAUGGCGAGUACCAAGGAUGCUUCGCGGAAAAAGAUUAUUUCCCUUAAGCUUGACACCGCCGAGGAAAAGGAUGUCGUCGCUGAGCAGGAGUCCGUACUGAACCUUGCCGUGCUUGUGAAGGACACACUGAUCAUUGUGUACCUCGAGGACGUCAAGGACGUGAUGUACUACCGCAAGCUGCACGGGGCAGCGGCGAUGAAGAAAGUUGACCUGCCGCUCGGCACCAUCACGUCCUUAUUUUCUGACUAUAAGAAGGACUUUGUCUCCUUCAAGGUCUCCUCGUUCAUGUUGCCCGGCCGCUCCUAUGUCAUGAACAUCAACGAUCCGCAGGGCUCGCUGACCGUCUACAAGGACGACGUAGUGAGCGGCCUCAACGUUGAAGACUACGUCACGGUGCAGCACUUUUACAAAUCUGCUGAUGGUACGAAGAUUCCGAUGUUCAUUGUGCACAAGAAGGGGUCCUUGUCCUCCCACUCACCGGUCAUGCUGUACGGCUACGGUGGUUUCGGCAUUUCGCUGACCCCCACCUUUAGCCCGUCGCGUAUUGUCUUUCUGCAGAACCUCGGCGGCGUUCUCGCCAUCCCGAACAUUCGCGGCGGCAACGAGUACGGCCAGUCGUGGCACGACGCCGGGCGCCUUACGAGGAAGCAAAACUGUUUCACCGAUUUCAUCGCCGCCGCCAAAUACCUCCACAGCAACAACAUUGGUUCCCCUGCCACGACGGCCAUCAUGGGCGGCUCCAACGGCGGCCUCCUCGUCGCCGCCUGCGCCAAUCAGGCUCCUGACGCGUUUGCGUGCGUCGUGUGCCAAGUAGGCGUCCUUGACAUGUUCAAGUUUCACAAGUUCACCAUCGGCCAUGCUUGGAUCUCCGACUACGGCAACCCGGAUGAGGAGAAGGACUUCAAAGUAUUGGAGAAGUACAGCCCCAUCCACAAUGUGCGCACCGGCGUCAAGUACCCGGCCAUCCUCGUGGUAACCGGUGACCACGAUGAUCGUGUGGUGCCGCUGCAUUCGCUCAAGUACGUUGCCACGCUGCAGCACGCGAACCCGGAGCUGGGUGGACCCUUCCUGGCGCGUGUUGAGGUGGCUGCAGGUCACGGCUUUGGCAAGCCCACCAGCAAGGUCAUCGCCGAGACGUCCGACAUAUAUGCCUUUAUGGCGAAGAACACUGGUGCAGUGUGGCACGCCUGA